CACACACACACUCCCUGACUGCAAUCGAACCCCCUCGAGCUCCCAGCAUCUGUGCCACAUCUCUUCCCUUUCCUCUCUUAUCUUCUCCUCCUCUCUCACUCUGUAGCUGUUUGACGCUCCGUCCUCAGCAGCUCUGACUCACUCAGCUCUUCUUUCCCAACCGUGCCAAGCUGAACCCUACAAACUGGGAUUAUGUCCUCCAACCUGCCCUCAGGGACCGCUGCCGGGGCCAAAAACAAGCCCAUCUCACCCUUCAGGAAGCGAGGCAGCCUGCAGUAUGGAGCCAGCACAGCUGAUCUCCGUGGUGCCCGCCACCUCCUCACUUCCCAGCAUUCCUUGCCUGGGAUCCCUGUGGCCUUGAAACAAUCCAUUGACCUGCGUACAUCCAUGGACGGGAAGUACAAAGAGAUUGCUGAGGAGCUGUUCUCCCGCACAAUGGCAGACAGUGAGAUGCGCAGUGCUCCCUAUGAAUUCCCUGAGGACAGUCCAAUCGAACAGCUGGAAGAGAGACGUCAUCGCUUGGAGCGACAGAUAAGCCAGGAUGUCAAGUUUGAACCCGACAUUCUCCUGCGAGCCAAACAGGAGUUCAUGAAGACUGACAGUGCUACAGAUCUUGAAUACAUGAAGGAGAAGAGCCCAUUUCCAGACCUGCAGGACCUGGUUCCAGAGAAAGAAUACCAGCGAGUGGCUAUUUCUGGGGAUGAGAAAUGUGGGGUUCCCUUCACAGAUCUGUUGGAUGCAGCCAAAUGUGUGGUGAAGGCUCUGUUCAUCAGACAGAAGUACAUGGGUCUGUCGCUGCAGAGUUACUGCAGGACCACCGCUCGUUACCUGCAGGAGCUGAGGGAGAGACCUCUGGACUUCGAAAACUACGAGGAGGAGAUCUCAGAGACCGCAGUCACUGCAGAAACUUCUAGAAAUGCCACAAUGCACCCACCUGUCUCUAAAACGCACCCCUAUGAGAACCAGGACCCUGCCAGCAUGCCCCACGAUAUGGGAUAUGGCUGCAAGAUGGUGGAUGGUGUCAUGCAUGUGUACACAACGAGGAACAUUAUGGAAAAGAGCACAGAGCUGGACUUGCCGUAUCCAGACCUGCAGGAGUACAUUGCUGAUAUGAAUGUCAUGAUGGCCCUCAUUAUCAAUGGCCCAGUAAAGUCCUUCUGCUACCGACGUCUGCAGUAUCUUAGCUCCAAGUUCCAGAUGCACAUUUUGCUGAAUGAGAUGAAGGAGCUGGCAGCACAGAAGAAAGUCCCACAUCGAGACUUUUACAAUAUCCGUAAGGUUGACACACACAUCCACGCUUCGUCUUGCAUGAACCAAAAGCACCUUCUGCGUUUUAUUAAAAGGGCCAUGAAGAAGUAUCCCAAGGAAAUUGUGCGUGUGGAAAAUGGCAAGGGUCAGACGCUCAUGGAAGUGUUUGAGACCAUGAACCUGACGGCCUUUGACCUGAGCGUGGACACUCUGGACAUGCAUGCAGACCGAAACACUUUUCAUCGCUUUGACAAGUUUAAUGCCAAAUACAACCCCAUCGGCGAGUCCAUUCUGAGAGAGAUCUUCAUCAAAACAGACAACUACAUUGAGGGGAAAUACUUUGGCCACAUUAUUAAGGAGGUGAUGGCAGACCUGGAGGAGAGCAAAUACCAGAAUGUGGAGCUCAGGCUGUCCAUCUACGGACGCUCCAGAGACGAGUGGGACAAGCUGGCCCAGUGGGCUGUCAAACAUCGGGUCUACUCCACCAAUGUGCGCUGGCUUGUGCAAGUGCCACGACUCUUUGACGUCUACCAAACAAAGAAACAGCUGUGCAAUUUCCAAGAGAUGCUGGAGAACAUCUUCAUGCCUCUGUUUGAGGUUACAGUGAACCCCGGCAGCCAUCCAGAGCUGCACCUCUUCCUUCAGCAUGUUGUAGGUUUUGACAGUGUGGAUGAUGAGUCGAAACCAGAGCAACAUAUCUUCAACCUGGACAGUCCGCUGCCAGUCAACUGGACAGAGGAGGACAACCCGCCCUACUCCUACUACCUCUACUACAUGUACGCGAACAUGACUGUGCUGAAUCACCUGCGCAGGCAGCGGGGGUUUCCCACACUCGUCCUACGUCCUCAUUGUGGGGAGGCAGGGCCGAUCCAUCACCUGGUGUCUGGUUUCAUGCUGUCAGAGAACAUCUCACACGGGCUGCUGCUCAGGAAGGCUCCUGUUCUGCAGUAUCUGUACUACUUGGCCCAGAUAGGUAUCGCCAUGUCUCCUCUCAGCAAUAACAGCCUGUUCCUCAGCUACCAUCGUAACCCUCUGCCAGAGUACCUGUCAAGAGGCCUCAUGGUCUCUCUGUCCACAGACGACCCUCUGCAGUUUCACUUCACCAAGGAGCCUUUGAUGGAAGAGUACAGCAUUGCUGCUCAGGUGUGGAAGCUGAGCUCCUGCGAUAUGUGUGAGCUGGCCAGAAACAGCGUGCUGAUGAGCGGAUUCUCUGAUAGGGUGAAGUGCUCCUGGCUCGGCCCCAAACACAUUAAGGAGGGGCAGGAGAGCAACGACAUCAGGCGCACCAACGUUCCUGACAUCCGUGUGGCAUACCGGUAUGAGACCAUGUGCGAGGAGUUGAAUUUAAUCACACAGGCCAUCCGCACAGAUGAGCUGGAGACCAUCGAGGAGGAGGGGAGUCUGUAUAUGGGAUCUGUUCAGGGAGAGAAGUGAACGUGCAGCACAACACAAACCCAAUUCUAACGUAUUACAUUCAGUUUUCACAUGACUUUGUACAGAUUUGCAUAUCAACAUACCACACCUGUGAAUAGAGAAAUGCUUUGUUACAAGAAGAUUAUGAAAGUUGCUACAGUGGCAGUGUGAGAGAGGACCUAAAAUCUGUGUAUCCAAGGUGUUUACUUCCUUUAGUUUCCUUUGUCAUUCUUUGUUUACUCUGUUUAGGGGAUUUCAUCAAGACCCUCAAUGUAUUUAUUUAAAAUCUUUAGAUUUCCAUGGUUUGUGACUACAUUUCAUCAAUAUUUCUGCAGUUUUUCUACACAUAGGGCUGUACCUACCAUGACACUGAGGUCAUGUUCUUUUGUUAUCUUUUGACAAUUCUGGGGGUUUUAGUGACUUUGAGAGGAGUUUACUUUCUGCAAUUAAAAGCAUACACAUGAUGAGUAUUUUCUUAGGCAGUAUUUAUAUUUAUUUUCUUUCUUUUUGAAAGUUAUUCAUAGACUCCACAUAUUUAAUUGGAUCUACCUUUAGCAAGAGACAAACUUCUUCUAUUUUAGUUAGUUGUGAUUUCCAGGAGCUGGUUGCACCAGCUGUUAAUUACAAACUUUGCGUAGCUGUAAGUGCUUUCUAAGUUGAGAUUUAUGGAACAUCAAAAUAAAACAUGUUCCACCACACUAAGCUAUUACCAAGGGAUUAGAUGUUACUAAAUAUUUAUCCCAAGUAACUGCUAUCUAGCAAACUGAACUAACUAGCAAAGAUAACAUUUGCUUGCCUAUAAUGCCACUGAGGUCGGAGCAAUAACAUAUUUUCCAUUCAUUAAAAACUGACUGAAUACUACUAACUCUGACACAUAUUUCUCCAUGUAUGCAUAGUAUAUAAAUAAAAGUAACACUGUCAUUUACAAAGGAUUGAACUGAAGUUAGCUACUUGAAAUUGUUACUAAGAAUUUAGGAACAACUUUAAACACACAACUAGUAAUGAAUUGACAAACAGCUGGUGCAACCUAAUCCAGAGGAAUUUCAUUGAAAGCACUUCCCCAUUCAAAUCAAACUAGUAAAUAUACACGAAUAGCUAACUGAAUAAAUAAAAAACAAAAAAAUCCAACUAAAAUCUCAAUUUGGUGAGUGACGGGUGAGGCAAAUUACAACUUGUGACCUUAGUAUUUCUAAAACCCUGGCUAGAGCCCUGACUACUUAUCAAAUCAUGAAUCUUUGCAGCAAAAUGUGAUUAAGAUGUGAUGCAAAACCCUUUCAUGUCUAUUCAUAAAGUCAAAUUAGAAACACUGCAUGAAUCUUUGUCUGUUUGGUUGACAUAUUCUAGUGUAAUUAUCCACAGGAUAGUACCUCAUGCUUUAUAGCGUGCAGAAAGAUCUCCAUCCUCCGUAUUCCUGUUACUGGUAACAGCAUGCUUCCCACAGCUGUUCUGUGUCUCAUAUUCUUGCUGUUUUUUUUACAGUCUUUACAGUUAUUCAGCAGAGUUGCAUGAUGUCACGUCAAUAUCUGUUUCUGGUGUGUGGUAAUGCUACUCAGUUGUAGCAUCUUAUGAUACCAACUCUCAUUUUAACAUUGUAACAUUGUUUCUCCUGACAGUCUUAACUGUAACUCUGAUCUGAUACCAUCUUUCCUUAAACACAUAUUUGAAACACAUAUAUUUGAGUCGUAGUACAGUGAAUGAGGCAUGAUCUGUUCCUUCAGUUUUCCAUCCAUGCAUGAGUCCAACUAGUGCCAAAUUCAUGAAUAAACACAUUUUUAGAGAACUGUAACUCUUCUUACUCGUUUACUCAUUUUGAAACUCCUGCCUUCAGUAUAGGUCAUGGUGUUAUCUGUUGGGCUACUUGUUGCUAUUCAAAAGCACUGCAUGCCCCUUCCAGAGAAUUAUAUGUGCUGUUUGUGAAAUAUUAUUUGUCUGGAUUAUUUGUGUUAAAAAAUAAAUGUUCA